AUAGUUUUUGAUGACUUUUAAUUGAAUUAGUGUUUUGCAAAUGCAUUCAAUUUAGUGAUUGUGAGGCAAACCAUUCACUCAAAUAAUCUGUUCAAUGAAUCACUGAUUCACUGAUUGUGUGCCAAUUGAGUCGAUAGUUGUGUGAAUUGAGGGAAAUGUGGAAAACAGUGUUUCGCUCCUCAACUGUCAGAUGCGGUCAGUUUUGGCUCUCAAGACAAUCCAUCACCAAAUUGAGACCAAUUCAGAUGCGGCGAUUAUGUGAUAUUCCUGGCAAUGGAGUGGAGAAUAAGAUAUUAUUUCGAUUCCAAAACGGAUUCUUUAAGUUUGAAUUGAAUCAAAACCAUUACAUUGUCUCUUAUUGGACACCAUUGCGGGCAUUGAUACAAGCGAUGGACAGUACGACGGAAGUGCCCAAAGAGAUGACGAAAGUGGUGGACGAGACCCAGAGAGUGGNUUAUUUCGAUUCCAAAACGGAUUCUUUAAGUUUGAAUUGA